AAACACAAGCAUACUAGGCAUAUAUAUUUGCAUCGUUCCCCCUUUCGUGGCCUCUGUUACCUGCAAUUUCUCUCCAAUCUGAUUCCGACGAUCCUUUCGCCGUCGCAGCUCUCAAGUGGGUUACUCUUUUUCUCGGGAGCUGAUUAGCUGGUGCUUGUAAACUUUAAUUCAUCCAUAAACCCUAAGAUUUGGGAUGGGUCGGAAGAAGCCAAGUGCUCAUGAUGAUGAAAGCCUCGCUGCUGCAACGCAGGGUGGUGCCAAAUCGAAGAAGAAAGCUAACGUUAUUGAUGAUGAUGAGUACUCUAUAGGUACUGAGUUGUCUGAGGAAUCCCAAGUUCAAGAGGAGAAGGUGGCGACCACUGGAAAGAAGAAGGGUAAAAAGGGGAGCUCCAAAAGAAGAGAUGGUGACGAUGAUGUAGUAGAAAAGGCUGUGGAGGAGGAAGAGGAGAUUGUUUCGACUGCUAAUAAGAAGUCUAAAUCGAAGAAGGGUGGCGGUGUUGCUUCGUUGGGUUUUGGUUUGCUUGAGGAGGGGAAGGAAGAUGAUGAUGAUGAUGAUGAGGGGAAAUCUGGGUCAACUGGUGAGAAAGAUAGUGAGGGUGAGGAGGAGCCCGUUGUGAGUUUCUCAGGGAAGAAGAAAGCAUCCAAGAAAGGUAAUAAGAAGGGUGGUAGUUUGCUUACUGCUUCAGCAUUUGAUGCUAUUGGUGAUGAAGAUGAAGAAGAGGUGGUUGAUGGUUCACACAAGGAGAGUAAAGUUGAGGAUGAUGACGGUGUUGAUGAUGUGCCCCCUAUAUCUUUUACAGGGAAAAAGAAGUCAUCCAAGGGGGAAAAGAAGGUUGGUAAUGUGAUUUCAACAUCUGCAUUUGAUGCCCUUGAUGAAGAAGUGGGUGAGAAAGAGGAGGAGAAGAAAGAUGAGGAUGAUGAUGUUGCUCCAAUUUCGUUCUCGGGUAAAAAGAAGAAGUCAUCAAAGUCCUCUAAGAAGAGCACUAAUUCUUUUAAUGCAGCACUCCUUGACGAUGAAAAUGAUGGGGAGGCUUCUGUACCUGAAACUACGGCAUCUGUUGAUGAUAAAGGUGAGGAUGAUGAUGCUUCAGUCAUUUCAUUUUCGGGUAAGAAGAAAUCAUCAAAGAAGAAGAGCAAUAGUGCUGUUGCAACUUUAAGUGAUGAUACUGGCCUUGGAAGUGAAGUAAGAGAUGUGGUUGAACCAGAACAACCAAGUGGUGCUAGUAAUGAAGCUAAUGAUCCUAAAGCUAACAAAGGUGAUGAAGUUGUAGAAACUUCAAAAAACAAGAAGAAAAAGAAGAAGAGCGGAAGGACUGCACAGGAGGAGGAUGACUUGGAUAAGAUUCUUGCAGAACUUGGUGAGGGUCCCGUAUCAAAACCUGCUUCUCCUCCACAACAAGAGGAAGUUCAGGUUCAGCCUGAACCAGUUAUCACGGUAGAUGCUGAAGGUGAGAAGGAAGGAGAAGAAGAAAUUGCUGAGUCUGCUGCAGCAAAGAAGAAGAAAAAGAAGAAAGAGAAGGAAAAGGAGAAGAAGGCUGCAGCUGCAGCUGCAGCUGUGGCAACAUUAGAUAGCAAGGAUGAGAACCAAGAAGAAACUAAAAUUGAAACAACUGAAGCAAAGAAGAAAGAUGCUAAGAGUAAAGCUGCAGAGAAGAAAUUGCCAAAGCAUGUUAGGGAGAUGCAAGAGGCACUUGCUAGGAGAAAGGAGGCUGAAGAGAGGAAGAAGAGAGAGGAAGAGGAGAGAUUGAGGAAAGAAGAAGAGGAGCGUCGUAGACAGGAAGAGCUUGAGCGCCAAGCAGAAGAGGCUAGACGUAGGAAAAGAGAAAAGGAAAGGGAGAAGCUCUUAAAGAAGAAGCAGGAUGGCAAGCUAUUAACUGGGAAGCAGAAAGAAGAAGCUCGCCGCCGUGAGGCUAUGAGGAACCAGAUCUUGGCUAAUGCUGGAGGUUUGGUUCCACCUACUGAUAAAGAUGCUGCACCUGCAAAAAGGCCUAUAUACCAGAACAAAAAGUCCAAAACAGCUCAGCAUCAUGCAAAUGGUGCUGCUUCUGCUAAGCCAGAGGAAAAUGUAGAAGCAAAGGAAAAACAACAAGAGAUCGUGGAUGAAGUAGAUUCCAUGGAGACUGAGAAGGUUGAAGAAGUGGAAUCAGUAAAUACUGAAGAGAAAUCAGAAGUUGCAGAUGCUAUUGAAGAGAAUGGAGUGGAAGAAGAUGAUGAUGAGGCUGAAUGGGAUGCAAAAAGCUGGGAUGAAGUUAAUCUUGAUAUUAAAGGUGCUUUUGAUGAAGAAGAGGCUGAUUCUGAGCCAGAACGUGCAGUGAAGAAAGAGAUAAUUGGUGCUGUUUCUGCUCGCAGUGCAGCUCCUCCUGCAGGAGGCAAGCCAACAGUUCCAUCCAAGAAAGGCAUUAUUUCACAGCCAGUUAAACCUCAAGAUGUUGAAACUAAGAAAAGUGAGACUGAGGUUGUAGUUCCAGCCAAAAAUAAGAAAAAAGAUGCAUCUGGAGGAAACAAAGCACCAGUUUCAGAUACUCUUCCCAAACAGGGUGAAGAAAACCUCCGUUCCCCAAUUUGUUGCAUCAUGGGCCAUGUUGAUACUGGUAAGACAAAGUUGCUGGAUUGCAUCCGAGGCACAAAUGUUCAGGAAGGUGAGGCUGGAGGUAUCACGCAACAGAUUGGUGCAACAUAUUUUCCUGCUGAGAAUAUACGUGAGAGAACCAAGGAAUUGAAAGCUGAUGCCAAGUUGAAGGUCCCAGGCCUGUUGGUCAUUGAUACCCCUGGUCAUGAAUCAUUCACGAAUCUUCGUUCACGGGGUUCUGGUUUAUGUGAUAUUGCAAUUUUGGUUGUUGACAUAAUGCAUGGGUUAGAGCCACAGACAAUAGAAUCACUCAAUCUUUUAAAAAUGAGGAACACAGAGUUCAUUGUUGCAUUGAAUAAGGUUGACAGACUUUAUGGGUGGAGAGUUUGCCGUAAUUCCCCAAUUGUGAAGGCAUUGAAACAACAAACUAAAGAUGUGCAAAAUGAAUUCAAUAUGCGUCUGACACAGAUUAUAACGCAGUUCAAGGAGCAAGGGUUGAAUACUGAACUGUAUUAUAAAAAUAGGGAAAUGGGGGAAACUUUCAGUAUUGUACCUACCAGUGCUAUCAGUGGAGAAGGCAUCCCAGAUUUGUUAUUAUUACUGGUCCAGUGGACCCAGAAGACAAUGGUUGAGAAGCUUACAUUCAGUAAUGAAGUGCAGUGUACAGUCUUGGAAGUGAAGGUAGUUGAAGGCCAUGGAACAACCAUAGAUGUGGUGUUAGUUAAUGGUGUGCUUCAUGAAGGAGAUCAAAUUGUUGUUUGUGGCUUGCAGGGGCCUAUUGUGACCACCAUAAGGGCAUUAUUAACUCCUCAUCCAAUGAAAGAACUUAGAGUGAAGGGCACAUAUUUGCAUCAUAAAGAAAUCAAGGCUGCACAGGGUAUCAAGAUCACUGGACAGGGUCUUGAGCAUGCUAUUGCUGGCACUGGUUUAUAUGUUGUAGGGCCUGAUGAUGAUUUGGAAGAAGUCAAAGAGGCAGCAAUGGAAGAUAUGAGGUCAGUUAUGAACAGGAUUGACAAGACUGGUGAAGGAGUUUGUGUACAGGCAUCUACCCUUGGCUCAUUGGAAGCAUUGCUAGAAUUCCUGAAGACCCCAGAAGUGAAUAUUCCUGUUAGUGGUAUAAGUAUAGGCCCUGUACAUAAAAAGGAUGUCAUGAAGGCCAGCGUAAUGCUAGAGAAGAAAAAGGAAUAUGCUACAAUAUUGGCUUUCGAUGUGAAAGUGACACCAGAGGCUCGAGAGCUGGCUGAUGAACUGGGUGUGAGGAUUUUCAUUGCUGAUAUCAUUUAUCACUUGUUUGACCAAUUCAAAGCAUAUAUUGAUGGGCUCAAGGAGGAGAGGAAAAGGGAAGCUGCUGAUGAAGCAGUCUUCCCAUGCGUUCUUCAGAUCUUAGGAAACUGCAUUUUCAACAAGAAGGAUCCAAUUGUCUUGGGGGUUGAUGUUGUUGAGGGCAUUGCUAAGGUUGGUACCCCAAUUUGCGUUCCAGGAAGGGACUUCAUUGAUAUUGGUCGGAUUGCAUCAAUUGAAAACAAUCAUAAGCCUGUUGAUAUUGCAAAGAAAGGGAGCAAGGUGGCUAUUAAGAUAGUUGGAAGCAAUCCUGAGGAGCAACAAAAAAUGUAUGGUAGACAUUUCGAUGUUGAAGAUGAGCUUGCCAGCCAUAUCACUCGGAAGUCAAUAGAUGUACUCAAAACUAAUUAUCGGGAUGAUCUAUCAAUUGAAGAGUGGAAGUUGGUUGUGAAACUGAAGAGUUUGUUCAAAAUACCAUAAACAUGGAUCGAUGAAUAAAAGCUGAGCUUUCGUCUUCUGUCAGUGCAUACGAGGUGCUUCUCCUGCAGGGGUGAUCUUGAUACGAAGAUUGAACUGUUUUUUUCUGAACAGGAAAUGCUUAAUUCUUUGAAUGACUCCCAAUUUGGGAGGAUGAAAUACAAGUCCCGCUGUGGCUGUUGUCUUGUAUAUGAGGAGCCGCACGAUGGUCGGUGGAGCAAGCCUGCUAAGUUUUGCAACGCUGUUUGGAUUUUUUUUUUUUUCCCUAUGUACAACCAAGCUACUCGAAAAAACAGCAAGCCUAAGACCCAAUUAUGAGUGUAAAGUUGAGGAAGUCUCUCUUACCUUCAUGAUUUCCUAUACACUCUUGAAUCCUAGAUCUGCACAAGCAAUGAAUU